CACACAACGCCACACACCCAAACAAACACAACCCUCUCCUUGUGACCCACAUCUGCAUCUGUUAAGUACAAGAACACAUCAUGCCCGCACCCAUUCGCCACCUACCCGCUACUUGCCACACAGGCCGCCAUGUCGAUCGUCAUAACGGAAGCUACCGACUUCUUGCCAGACUACGAGUACAAGCCCGUUGUGCAACACCCAAGCCCCAAGCGCAAGCCCUACUGCGGGUACAAGCCUCGCCCCAAGUACAAGAUUCGGGAGCCACCCCCCUAUCCCGACUUCAAGGUCUAUGUCGAGCCCAAGCCAAACACCACAUGGCGCAAAGCCAAGCUUGUGUAUCACCGCGUGACACGGGUGUUCCGCAGGAGCGGCACCACCGCGCCACCCAACAGCCCAUCACGAGGUCCCAUCAACCCGUAUCCCCUCGUCUGAGGGGUCACGAUACAGUACCGUAAUGCGUGGGUCUGGAUGUAUUUGAGGAAGAAUGUGUACGCAUCCUAUGAC